AUGGAUAGAAAGAAGUCAGCUUUGAAUAACGAUCUUGUAAACAGACCUAAGUUGAAUUCAGUGACCAUAUCUUUCUCUAGACAUAUGCAUUAGUUCCCAAUAUAUUCUAAGGAAAUUACUUUAGAUGGAGAUAAGAAAAUGUCCUUUAGUCGGGAGAAGAUGCGAAGACAAAGCAACACAAAUCACAGACUAAAAAAACAGCCUAGACAAACAAAAAGAGAGAAGAAGGUCGUCCUUAAUGGAGACGUAGUAGAAAGCUCAUGCCAAUAUCAAAACAUUCAGAAGGAUUUCUUGAUCGAAGAAGUUGGAAUCAAGUAGAAUGCUUCUCAGGAAAACAUUCAUGACAAUGAUUUGAAUAUGAUUCAAUAUCUAAAGGUUGAGGAUGAUGGAAACUUCACUAAUCCUCAAAAUGACUUUGAUGAAGACAGAGAGGAAGAAGUUGACUCCCAAAACCCUCAAAUUGAGUAAGCUAUUAAAUACUGUGAUUAGAAAAUUCACUAUUCAGCUUCUCUUGAAAAUAUCUUGGCAAGCCAGACAACAAAGAUCAGCUAUGAUCUAUCAGCCAUUACUAAGAUUGAAGAAGGAUCCAAAAUAUCCUUAGAGUAAUGA